UCUGUCAAAGCCCACAUUUAAACUGCUGCCUGCCCGUGCAGCAGCUGAGGAACCAUGGAUUUCAUUUUAUAGAGCAAAACCACAGUAAAACUGCUCAAAAUCCUUCCUGCAGCUGUUUGGCAACAAUGAAAGAAGAGAGGUAAAUCCUAUUUUUUAAAAAAUAUAAUCAGACCAAUACAUUCUAGCUCUAGCUGCUUCACAUUGCAGCUCACCACUAAAAAAUAUGGAUACUGAGAAGAGAAUACAGCACUGCAUUGUCCGACAAGGAAAAUACGAGAUGUAAAAAGCUUCAAUGCAUCAAUUGUGGGGGGUAGACAGAAGUGCUCCAAGGAGAAUGGACAACUAAAGCUCUUUUGUUUAAAAUUUAAAAGGAAAAGGGAAAAACCCAAAAAUAUCUCAGAAGACCACCACACAUAUGAACAAGGAAGAUAACUUGGAGACAAGCAGACAGAUGGACAAAUUGGAUCCUGUGAAAAGCAAUCGCAGGAAGCAGACUGUUGGGGGAUGUGCGCAUGUUCGAUAGCAUCUUUUUUGCUGAAGUGAUGGCGUGCCAAAAGUAUUUUCAGUGAGCAUAAUCCUCUCACCAUAAAUGGCUUGACCAAGGAAGAGUGAUUUAAGAGGAAAGCCCUUAAGAUCGGACACAAUUUAAAAAUGAUUACCAAAGAAUAGCACUGGUUCAGAAGAGAGAACCGUCAUUUUGUUCUGCCAUUAUCCCAUCCCCCAUCAUUGGAUAUUUACAACAUGCUUCAGUGGAGGAGGCGACAUUGCUGCUUUGCUAAGAUGACCUGGAACGCCAAGAGGUCUCUGUUCCGCACCCACCUCGUUGGUCUGCUCUCUCUCGUCUGUCUUUUUGCUGUAUUUCUUUUCUUUAAUCAUCAUGACUGGCUCCCAGGCAGAGCCGGCUUCAAAGAAAACCCCGUAACCUAUACCAUCCGAGGGUUCCGAUCCACAAAGGGCGAGACGAACCAUAGCUCCCUGAGGAACAUCUGGAAAGAUGCGGUCCCUCAGACUCUACGGCCUCAAACUGCCACCAACGCCAAUCACACAGAUUUGUCCCCACAAGGAGUCACUGGCCUAGAGAACACACUCAGUGCCAAUGGAAGCAUUUACAAUGAAAAGGGCACUGGACAUCCACAUCUGUAUCAUUUCAAGUACAUCAUAAAUGAACCUGAAAAGUGCCAAGAGAAAAGCCCUUUCUUAAUCCUGCUUAUAGCUGCAGAACCUGGACAAGCAGAAGCAAGACGGGCCAUUCGACAAACUUGGGGAAAUGAAAGCCUGGCACCUGGAAUUCAAAUUGCUCGCAUUUUUUUAUUGGGCUUAAAUGUUAAGUUGAAUGGCCACCUUCAGCGCGCCAUACUGGAAGAAAGUAGGCAAUACCAUGACAUUAUUCAACAGGAAUAUUUAGACACUUAUUACAAUUUGACCAUUAAGACCCUAAUGGGCAUGAACUGGGUUGCAACCUACUGCCCACACAUUCCUUAUGUUAUGAAAACUGAUAGUGAUAUGUUUGUCAACACUGAGUACUUAAUACAUAAGCUAUUAAAGCCAGAUCUGCCUCCCAGGCAUAACUACUUCACAGGGUACCUGAUGAGGGGGUAUGCGCCCAAUCGCAACAAAGACAGCAAAUGGUAUAUGCCGCCAGAUCUCUACCCAAGUGAGCGUUACCCUGUGUUCUGCUCUGGGACUGGGUACGUUUUUUCUGGAGAUUUAGCAGAAAAGAUCUUCAAAGUCUCUUUAAGCAUCAGACGUUUGCAUUUAGAAGAUGUCUAUGUGGGGAUCUGUCUCGCCAAGCUGAGAAUUGACCCUGUGCCCCCUCCCAAUGAAUUUGUCUUCAAUCACUGGCGAGUUUCUUACUCAAGUUGUAAAUACAGUCACCUAAUUACCUCUCAUCAGUUCCAGCCUAGUGAACUGAUCAAAUACUGGAACCACUUACAACAGAAUAAGCACAACGCCUGUGCCAAUGCAGCAAAAGAAAAGGCAGGCAGGUAUCGUCACCGUAAACUGCACUGACAAGUUGUAUCCCAUGUGCAAUCUGUAAAUACUGCGGAAAGCAUGUAGAGUAAAAGCUGAUGAGUUUCAUGGGGCAGUUUUUAGUUAAUUCCCCUCAAAGGAUGGAAUUAAAAAUAUAUUUUUUAAUUUUUGAAGAGUUUAAUUAUUAAGACGAAAAACAAACAACAAAAACAAACCAAAAGGCAUCCCCAGAGAAAUCUGUGAAACAAUCUGAAUAAAAUCCUACUGUGUGCAAAUAUGCAGUAAUAAGCAGGCACACUUCAGUGGUACAAUUUCUAGUUUAUGUGCCAAUAAAAUAUAAUCCACUCUAUUUUCCACACACAGUUUAGAGAGAUGGAGAUUGAGUCACAAAACCCACUUCAUUUCUCAAUCAGUUUUCUGUUAUAAAAGAUUACUGUAAAUACAAACAUAUACAACCUGUUUUAAGAAAACUUAAAACUGUACAAAGAAAAAUCUUUCUUUGGCCUACUACUCUAAAGUAUUUUCAUAGCUAUACUCCAUGAAAUAAAACUUAGUUGAAUUAUCCCAUAAAACAUUUACAAAGAUCAAAAGUUUCACAAUAUAAAUCUCAUCAAGUUACAAUUUUUAACUACUGAAAUAAUCAUUUUAAUUUAACACUGCUCACAAAAACCAGAGAAGUAUUAUACUGAUAUGACAUGUGAAAGAAUGUGAACAUCAGUGUCUCAGGCUACAGUUUAAAAACAAAGUCACUAAACAGUAUCAUGUUCACAAAGUCUAUUUCCUUCUAACAGCAUUCAUUUCUUAACUCAUUCUGACUAGAUCUGCUUGGUGCAUCCUUCUAAAGAGUGCCAUCUUUUAGUUGCAAACAUAUUUGAUUCUAAAAGAUUGAUCAUAUUCCUUUAAAUGAAGGAAAAAUGAAUGAAGAACAAUGAGGAUAUAUUAUUGAAAAGGAUGAAGAGUGCAGAAGCAGUUUCAUUCAAUACAUUUUAAAGAUGCAUGUCUGCCAAAGUGCAGCAUAUGGGAAGCUCAUUUCCUGACAGCAGGUGUGCACAUGCUGAUACUUAAUCAUUUUAUGGCACUAUUUCUGUUGUCAGAGUGCCAAGUUUACAAUCCUACAAUUUUGUUUUUGUGGAUGACAUUCUGCCAUCCUCAAAUAGGACCUUUUUGGGGGUGGGGAAGGCUGGACAAAUGUUUGAUGAACAUUUGAUUCUAGUACUAAAAAAAUGUGUAUGAUGCACUUUUAUCAAAAUUUUUAAUAAAAAAGAGUAAAUAAGAAACCCCAAAAAGUUUUGUUGAGUUUCAUGAGUACAAUGAAUUCAUAGUAAUUUUAUAUCCUUUGGUCAUUAAUUUGAAAAUGUAAAGAAGCUAAAUUAUGAUGACAAUAUCUGUUGCUUCCAAAUCACUUCUGGUAUGUAAAUAUAUCAAUCAAUCUUCAUUUAAAAUUGAUGCCAUUUUUCUGGUACUUUCGUUUUAACUAUUUCUUAGAAAAAUUCUGAAAAGAAUUUUGAUUAUUACAUUUAAAAGUUUCCAUUAGUUUUUUUUUUUUUUUUUAACAUUUCCUAUUUGUUUUUGCUCAAAAUCCAUGCAUCAUGUUUUUCAGAUUAGUCUGUUAAAUGUUCAGUAUACUCUACGGAUGAUCAAUAUACAUUUACUCCUAAUUCAGACUUGCUGCUUCUUUUAUUUGGAAGACCAAAAUGACUAAUUAAUAUGUUAAAACUUAAAGAGCAUCAUUGAAAUGACAAAUAUUGUAAGAUAAUCAAUGCUAAAUUUAGAUUAAUAAAUAAAACUUGAUGGUCAAAGGCAAAUUCAAGACUUUUCUCAGCACAUCAUAAAUCCACACACCUUCAAUGAAUACCAUUUUCUGUUUGUUCACAUUGUUAUUACAAGAAGAAACCUUGGAUCUAUCUUUUUGUCUGGAAAACUGAUUUUUAAAAAUUAUAUAAAAGACCUGUAUAUUUAAUUCUUGGGGGGCACACACACUUAGCUCCUGUUCUUUCAGGCAAAAAUUUCUAAUCAUUCCAAUGUCAAUUAUGAUCUUAGGUCUUUGAAGAGUCAGAAUUUUCAAAUGAGCAAGAUGUAAAGAUACUAAGUUUCUAGGAAGUCACCAAAAGGUAUUAAUUUUUUUUUAAACUGACUUUUUCUUCUUAUUCUACAUUAAGUAUUUUAUUAGAUGAAAAUAAUGAACUUUCCCCCCAAACUGUUUUUUUAAAAAUAAACUAUAUUUCCAUUUAAAUCCAUAAACCAGUAUAAUAAUGUUAUAUGUAUUUUAAUACUGCAAAGAUCCAUGAUUUCCUUGGUUUCAAUUCCCUCCUCUGAUGGAGAUCAAACAUGCCUUAAAAUAAAAUAUAUUUGUGAGUUCCAGGGGUUAAAAAAAAAAGAUAUCAUAUGGUGAUCAACUUUGAGACACUUUAGUGAAAGAUGGGAUGGAUGGUGAGUAACCAAUAAAUAUAAACUAAAAAAGACAAGCUACAAUUGAUACUUAAUUGGGGGGAAAGGGGAGCGCAAUGUGCACUAGGUGAUGUCUAUUGAAUUCAAUAAAACAAUUUCUCAUUAUGGAGAA